UGUUUUAUAGGAAAAAUUAACCUUGUGACAGUGUGCAGAAUGUGUUAGCAAGGAUGAACUUGGAGGCAAAGAGUUCAGGUGGGAGAUUGUGGAAGGAAUCCAGGUUUGGGGUGGUAGAAAUCUGAGCUACUGAGGUGGGGAAGUUGCAAAGGUAGAAAUUUUAGUAACAGCAAUCCAGCAACCAUUUAUGGAACAUCUAGUUGUCACACACACACACACUGUAUAUAUGUAAAAUUUAAUCCCCAUGAGGCUAUGAUCUAGAUUUUUAAAAAGUAUCCCUAUUUUAUAGAUAUGGAAACUGAAACUCCGAGAGGUCAGGUACCUUGUUUAAGGUCACACAGCAGUAUGUGUGGAAGUAGUGGAGCUGGAAUUUGAAUGAGUCUAGGUCAGCCUGGCCUAAAGCCUGUGCAUCACACCUGUAUCUGGGAGCAAGGGACAGAAUGGUUUGAAUAGUUGAAAGUGUUAUCAGGUAGAUGCACUGUUGGCAUUGAAAGGGGAAUUUGGGAGGAGAAGCUGUUUUGGGCUGAGGGUAGAAUAUGAGUUUUGGUUGAGAUUAAAGUGAUGGCUAAACAUUUGCAUGGACAGUUGGCAAUAUGGACUAGCACUUGGAUAAUAGGACAAAUAUGGGAAUAUUGAAUUGUUGGUUAUUCCUGUGUUGGUAAACAGAAAACCAAAAGACCCAGGUCUGAGCCCUGGGUGCCACAGAAGAAUCCAAAAACGAGGCAAUUGGGAUGCAGGGAGGAAGAUCCCAGAAGAAAAGAAGAGUUAAUAUCAAAUCAUUCCAGGCCUCACUGAUGCUCACAUAUAUUCUGAGCUUCCUGCCUCUGUCAGAUCAGAAAGAGGCCUCCCUCGUGAGUUGGGCUUGGUACCGUGCCGCCCAGAAUGCCCUUCGGGAGAGCCUGGGCCUCAAGGGCAUCUGCUGCAUCCGCCUGACCAACCUGGAUGGCUCUCCAGCUUCACACCAGAUGCUACAAUCUGUUGCUUACCACCUGGGCCCACACCUGCAGAGCUUGUCCCUGGGUGGAGGCAGUCCCACAGAGGCCUCCUUUGUGGCCCUGAUCCUGGGCUGCCCAGCCCUGUGUGUCCUUGACCUCAGUGGCUGCAAUAGCCUCUUCACCUCGGGCACACUGCUGGCUCAGCCCGAGAUGGCACAGAGCGUCCGGCAGGCUUUGAGCGGCCUCCGUGAGCUCAACCUGGCUGGCCUGCGAGACCUGGCUGACCUCAGCUUCAACCGGCUCAGCAGCUGUGCCCCCAGCCUGGAGCGCCUCUCCUUGGCAUACUGCCACCUCACCUUCGAGCUAGGCCCAGCCCGAGGGUCCAUCGGCCCCCAAGACUCCUCUCCCUCCCAGUUCUCCUUCUGCAACCUGCUGCGAUUCGUGCAAGAGCGGGCUGGCAGGCUGCGUGCCCUGGACCUGAGUGGCACUGGCUUGCCACCCGAGGCCCUGCGGGCCCUGGGCCAGGUAGCUGGGCUGCAGCUUCAGGAGCUGAGCCUGCACAGCUGCCGGGACCUCUCCACAGAGGCUGUGGCUACCCUGUGCUUCCAGCAACCAGGCCUUACCUCCCUGGACCUCAGUGGCUGCUCAGAACUGACUGAUGGGGCGCUCUUGGCCGUGAGCCGUGGCCUGCGGCACCUGCGGCGCCUGAGCCUGGGGAAGCUGCAGCGGCUGACAGACGCAGGAUGUACAGCUCUGGGUGGCCUGCAGGAGCUGCAGAGCCUCGACAUGGCCGAGUGCUGUCUGGUGAGAGGGCGGGAACUGGCCCAGGCCCUGAGCUCUGUGCACGGGGCUCCAUCCCAGCUGGCCUCCCUCAGCCUGGCCCACUGUUCUUCAUUGAAGGAUGCCUCAGUGCUCUCCAUGAUCCCAGCGCUGGGCCUGAGCCUCAGGGUGCUAGACCUGUCCUCCUGUGUGGCCCUCACCAACCGGACCCUGCAGGCCAUCUGCACCUAUCUCACCCACCUCUCAGUCCUGCGCCUGGCUUGGUGCAGGGAGCUCUGUGACUGGGGGCUUCUGGGGCUGGGGGAGCCUGUGCAGGGGAACCAGGUGCGGGACCCUCAAGGUCUUGGAGGACGGGGUGGCCCCUGGGCUCAGCUGCCCUCCUGCCCCUCCCAAGUCUCUGUAGGAGUAUUUAAGGGCAAACUCAGGAGGAACCUGAGAAGCAAGGGCUUCUUCCCACAGUCACGCCCAGAGCUGGAGCAUCAGGCCUCAGGUACCAAGGACCCCUGUCCCGAGCCACAGGGCCCCUCCCUGCUCAUGCUGCGGGCCCUGCAGGAGUUGGACCUCACAGCCUGCAGCAAGCUGACCGAUGCCAGUUUAGCCAAGGUGCUCCAGUUUCCCCAGCUGAGGCAGCUGUCCCUUAGCCUGUUGCCAGAACUCACAGACAACGGCUUGGUGGUUGUGGCCAGGGGCUGUCCUAGCCUGGAGCACUUGGCGCUGAGUCACUGCAGCCGCCUCAGUGACAAGGGCUGGGCCCAGGCAGCCAGCUCCUGGCUGAGGCUGCAGCAUCUCAAUCUGUCCAGCUGCAGUCAGCUCACAGAGCAGACACUGGAUGCCAUUGGGCAGGCGUGCAGGCAGCUCCGGGUGUUGGAUGUGGCCAUGUGCCCUGGCAUCAACAUGGCCGCCGUCAGACGCUUCCAAGCCCAGCUGCCCCAGGUGUCCUGCGUCCAGUCCCGCUUCGUGGGAGGGGCUGACCUGACCCUAACACUCUGAGGCCGGGUCAGUAACCAGCCCUGCAGCACAGCCUCCUUGACUCCCCCAGUCUCCAACCCUGGCCUUGACCUGGGUUGCUUCUUGCCUCCCUCUACUGCAGACCCUCUAGGACUGGGGGUGGGGCCCAUCCAGGGCAGCCCAGAGGGAACAUCCUGCCACACCACCUGGCAGUAGCCUCUUCCAGCUACACGUCGUUGCCACAGGCCCCUGGAAAUGCUACCUACAUGUUGCUGCCACAGGCUCCUGCUCUCUGGCCAAGCCCUAGGUGGGAGGCCAGGCCCCCAGCUGGCAGGGUCUGGUGCUGGGAGGAGCAGAGCCUCUGCCUCUUGCCUGCCCUCCUCUCAGACCUAAGGCUGGGCUCCACCUACUCCUGUGGGACUCUCCCAGCACCCUGUGUGCACUGAGCUUCAGCAGCUGAGCCCAGGUCUGUGCUGUAAAUCCUAGGAUUAAACAUUCCAGAUAGUA